AUGUUGUUUGUCAGAACCAAGGACGCAGGACGCAAGUACUGUGAUCGAACUGACUGCCCCUCGCUCUCUUCCAGGUUCCGGCUGCGCACCUCUGGUGAUGCAGAGGCCGCUGCAGCUGGAUAUGCUGGAGUAAAUACUGUAUUGAGCGAACGAGCGGAAGCGUCUCUCCUUGGAUACCCGUUGACAGUCGCCUCUGUGCGGUUCGUUUGGCAACAUCGGCGACGGCACUCCAGGGAAAAGAGAUCAAGCAUCGCGAGACGCGUUUCGCAGUCCACGAAUUUGAGGCCCGCAACCAUUCUCGUAGCGGACCGCUGGACACGCUCAAUGAGGGUGACGUUUUUCGUGCGUUCUGAGUAG